UCCGGAGCGUCUUUGCACUUCCGGUUAGCCUAGCCGUUAGCUUUCCUCGAAGCUGCCUCUGACUCCAGCAUGGAUGACUUGUACAUUAAACCCGGUAACCAGGAGCGGGGCUGGAACGACCCCCCUCAGUUCUCAUACGGCCUUCAGCUGGCCCGCGGAACUCAGAACCUUCGGAAUAAGAGAGCACUCCCACCCACAAGUUCAGGUGCAGGAGUUGCUCCCCUAGCUACGCCCUCCUCCAAUGCUCCCCCUGCUUUUGUUGGUAGUGUAGCUCCACCCCCUCUGUUAUCAGCUCAACCUCCAUCUGAAGGAUUAGCCACGCCCUCUGCUAAUGUUGGGCCAAUGAGGAGGAAGGUGGAAGCAGACAGCGGCCAAUCGGAGCCUGAGGUGGAGGCAGUUCUGCUGGUUCUGAAUGGGGCACUCAGUGUCUGUAGAACUUCAGUCAAAGAUCAGGUGUGUAAUGAAGUGGCAAAGAGGCUCCGCCUCCUGGAAGACAGCUGGAGGGCAGGUAAACUCAGCCUACCUGUCCGGAGACGCUUGGACACCCUGUCUCAUGAGCUGCAGGCGGGUCGCUGGGAUUCAGCUGACGACAUCCACCGCGCCCUGAUGGUCGAUCAUGUGACUGAGGUCAGCCAAUGGAUGGUCGGCGUCAAACGACUCAUCGCCGAAACUCGAAAUCUGCGUCCAGAACUCCUGAAAUCCCUUCAGAACUCAAAACCAGUCCGAGAGUCUCCUGGGCCAGCUGAGGACUCUACAAAUCCAGUCCAGGACCCUGCAGAACCAGUCCAGGACCCAGGCUCCCAGUCUUGAAUCUCCAGGGUCGGUGAGGGUUUAGUUAAACUCAG